AAUACAAUACUGAACUAAUCGUUGUUGCCUUCCCUUCGAGAUGAGAAAUGAGACCCGUCUUGUAAAAUGCAGACUGUUUGCAUUACUAAGGAAAUUUCUUUGUUUUUGAUUUUUCUCUCUCCGAGUCAGAUAUUCAUGAUCAUGAAUAUUCAAAUACCAGAGGGAUUGGGAUCUAUACUGUGCGAUUUCACUGUAGCAGCUUUGGAGGCAGCGCCUUCAAAUUUGCUGGAGUUUGCCGCGGACUAUUUUCGUCGCGCGUCAGAAGCGGCGAAAACAACCAAAAACGACGGGAAAGCCAAGGACUAUCAAGAGAUGAACGGGUUCGGUCCAGCCCCAAACAAGUCCAAAGUGCCGAUGUACAUUAUUGUAGAUGACGAUGAGGAAGCAAAAGAACCCGACCCGGAGACGCUGAAACCCAAAAACUCAAAGAACAAAUAUGCCAGAAGAGGAUCUGUAUCGGCAGAAAGGUAUGAUCCGGAGGCAGAUGAUGUAACUGACGACUCCAAAGUUGUCCACUCAAAGACCGACAGUCAGCGCGAGCGGCUGGCAGAGGCAGUCAAAGGCAUCCUUCUGUUCAAGUCUCUGGAUUCUAAUCAGUUGAGCGACGUGGUGGAUGCGAUGUUCGAGAAAAGGGUGACACCGAAUGAAGCGAUCAUCAAACAGGGCGAUGACGGAGACAAUUUUUACGUCGUCGACAGAGGUCGCUUCGGAGUUCUUGUGGGUGCAGGGACGGACAUGAAACGCGUACAUCAGUUCGACAACAGCGGCAGCUUCGGGGAGCUGGCUCUUCUCUAUAACAUGCCACGUUCGGCGACAGUUGUGGCGGAGACAGAGGGAAUUCUGUGGGCGAUGGACCGCCAGUCUUUCAGAAGGAUUGUACUGAGAGCUGCUUUUAAGAAACGGAAGAUGUUCGAGCAGCUGCUGAAGGAGGUACCACUUCUGAACUCUCUGGACGAAUAUGAAAGAAUGAACUUAGCUGAUGCCCUGCAGACGAAAGAGUUUGCACCUGGACAGAAUGUCAUUACUCAAGGUGAUGAAGCUGAUGGAAUGUAUUUUGUCGAAGACGGAACGCUAAGCGUCAUCAUCAACAAACAGGGAAAUCCGGUUGAGGUAGCUCGGCUGCAGAAAGGGAAAUACUUUGGAGAGGUUGCUCUUAUUGAAGAUAAACCCAGAACGGCGACAGUACAGGCCAUCGAGAAGGCCAAGGUGGCUUUUCUGGAGAGAGAGUCUUUCGAACGUCUGCUCGGUCCCUGCUUAGACAUCAUGAAGAGAAACUCCACAGAGUACAAGAAACAGAACAGAAACUAGGACCUCGAGAUACUGUUUGUUUGUUUAUUCAUUUGUUUGUUUGUUUAUUCAUUUGUUUGUUUGUUAUUUGUUUGUGUUAAGAGAAGUAAAGAGUACUAAAAGCAGACCUUUUCACAA